GUCCUUUUGCUGUACUUUUCUCAACAACUCUCAUAUCAUAUUAACGACUGAACGGCUUUUUGUUUCCUAUCCAACUAUUAAUACUAGACUUUCAUAUAGAGAUUGGAAAGUUUCAACAAUUAAUCGCCAUGGAAGAAACCAACUACAUUCACGAAUCUAUUCUCUUUGCUUCAACUAAUGACCAGCAUGUUCCUGAUUGUUCAGCAGACUGCCAGUCACAGCUUUUGAGCUCAUUGGCGUCUAACCGGGAGGAAGGCGUGAUGUGUCAGACCUUUUCUCAUUUGUUGGAAGAUGGAAGAGGAAGGCUUCCCAUGUUCUACCACUGUGGCUCUCAUCUAUGUAAGAUGAAGAGCAUAAGAGAUGCUGACCAAGAUUUGAGUAUCCGUCGGUUCCUGAGCUCUUGUCAAAGAAAACAUUACGGUUCUGCAAUCGAUCUAGGAGCGUCAGGCCAGACACAUGUCCGCUCAGGCAGCGUCGCCGAAGGAAAGGAACAUGCUCGUCGGCAACAGCAACAGUCUACAACAUCAUCAGACUGGGGAGUCUCAACUGCCACUCCGUCAGGAUUCCUUGUAGAGGGAUUCCAUACCGUCACGACCAAAAUAAGCCCGCCUCCGGCCUCCGAGAUAGCCCCUGGCGUGGCUGCCUCGGCGUCCCCUGUGAUUCAUCUAAUCACGACGACGGAAACCUCGAAGCCUCUUCGCCACAGAACUGGAGGCAAAAGUUCAGUACCUGUCAGCACAAAGGUCACCAUCGGUGUGUCUGUCAUGGUCGGGAUCCUGGCCGUCCUCGCUUUAAUCGCAUGGCAUCUGAGGAUGAAGGCGCGGUUGCGCAACAAGAAGCGCAUCAGUCGCCCCAUCAAACCCAGCAGUCUUCCUCCUACGCCGCUCAUAUCACCGUCGAGCUCGUACGCUGGACCGCCAAGUGGCCCGUUGACGCCGCCUCCACGACUACAAGAGCGGCGCUUCUUGCUGACCAGAGCGUUGAGCCUUCGCCGAAACAACCAACGCCGUCAAUACAAUGAAGAAGACUCGCAGGAAUGGGCUGGUGUGCCACUAUCACCCAUGCCGCCACUGUCGCCCCUAUCACCUCUCUCCAUCCCCAGAACUAGAUGGAACUCAGAAGAAUCUGAGCACGGUGGCAUCACGGCAACAACUACAAUCUCGCAAAUAACACAUGUCAACAGGCCCCCUAGGGACGAGCUUGCGCCAGCCGCUAGCGUUUCGAGCAUCUUCAGCAGCGCAAGCACCCUGCGGGCCACGUCCAAUACAUCCGCUGACUCGACGCAGAUCAGUUACAGCGGUGCCACUGCCACCGAUCUUCCCAGACCACCGCCACGAGUAUAUGAAACACCGCCGAUGAUUCGUGGUCUGGCUAGCCCUGGGCCUCCACCUACACGUGCACUUCCAAGUCUUCCUGCUGACGGCCGGGUGAGCCCCUUCAAAUCGCCCCUGACGUCGCCCGCGAGUCCGAGCCGGCGAGGAUCACCGAGUUUCGCGGCUGCAGCUAGGCCAUCUGUGGGUACGAACGAAGGAAACAAUGGAUCUCAGAGGUCAGGGGAGGGGAGUAGCCAAGGUGGCGCUGGGAGGCCCGUGGAUGUGCCAGUACAGUCUCCGAGGAGGGCGAGACAUGUGAGGAGCCCACUUGGCUUGAAUAGCAUGAUGAAGAAGGAGUGAGGGCGUCUGAAUGGUGGAACGAUGGCUGCAUUCUGCGGUAUAAUUCAUGAUGUGUGCUAUAUGGGGUAAAAGGAGGAACAAGAGGUAAGGGGGUUUAUAUGGCAGGCUC